CUUCUUCUCCUUCUUCUCCUUCUUCUUUUCCUUCUCUCUUUCUUUUUGCCAGUGGGUGGCUCGCCGUCUCUUUUCGACUCGCAGAAAAAAAAGGUAAACCCCCCCCGUCCUCUCCCUCUCUCUCGAUUCUCUCUCUCUCUAUCUCUCUCUCUUCUGUCUCUUCUUUCUCUCUUCUAUCUCUCUCUCUUGCCGUUUUGCUUGCUUUCCGUGUUUCUUUUCCUCUCCUCCGUUUCUUGA